GUUUGUAAAUAUUACCUCUGUGGUUUUUGUCCUGCGGAAUUGUUCACAAAUACUCGUUCUGAUCUUGAGGCGAUAAUGUUAGAGAUGUCAGCAAAUUUUUGGAAGAUGACAAGUGGAUGGAGAAGUAGCAGCAAACUCAACAGAGCAGAGAAACCUGUAUCCUAAAAGCCUGCAGAAGGGGAUGCUUAACAGAAGCAAGUGUUUGAUCAGCAGAACCUUGGACAGGCUCAGGAUUUGGAAGCACCAGGUAGAAGAGGAUUCUUCCCUAGAGAAAGUGAACAGUUCCAGAGAAGUGAUCUCUACAGGUCCUUGUGAAAAAAUUCAUGAUGAAAAUCUACGAAAACAGUAUGAGAAGAGUUCUCGUUUUAUGAAAGUUGGCUAUGAGAGAGAUUUUUUGCGAUAUUUACAGAGCUUACUUGCAGAAGUAGAACGAAGAAUUCGACGAGGCCAUGCUCGUUUGGCCUUAUCUCAAAACCAGCAGUCUUCUGGGGCAGCUGGCCCAACAGGUAAAAAUGAAGAAAAAAUUCAGGUUCUAACAGACAAAAUUGAUGUGCUCCUGCAGCAGAUUGAAGAAUUAGGAUCUGAAGGAAAGGUAGAAGAAGCCCAGGGAAUGAUGAAAUUGGUUGAACAGCUAAAAGAAGAGAGAGAAUUGCUUAGAUCUACAACCUCGACAAUUGAAAGUUUUGCUGCCCAAGAAAAACAAAUGGAAGUUUGUGAAGUGUGUGGAGCUUUUUUGAUAGUAGGAGAUGCCCAGUCCCGAGUAGAUGACCAUUUGAUGGGAAAACAGCACAUGGGCUACGCCAAAAUAAAAGCUACUGUAGAAGAAUUAAAAGAAAAGUUAAGAAAAAGAACCGAAGAACCUGAUCGUGAUGAACGCCUUAAAAAGGAGAAACAAGAAAGAGAAGAGAGAGAGAAAGAGCGGGAGAGAGAAAGAGAAGAAAGAGAAAGAAAAAGACGAAGAGAAGAGGAAGAGAGAGAGAAAGAAAGGGCUCGUGACAGAGAAAGAAGAAAGAGAAGUCGUUCAAGAAGUAGGCACUCAAGCCGCACUUCUGACCGAAGAUGUAGCAGGUCUCGGGACCACAAAAGAUCACGAAGUAGAGAAAGAAGGCGAAGCAGAAGUAGAGAUCGACGAAGAAGCAGAAGCCACGACAGAUCAGAAAGAAAACAUAGAUCUCGCAGCCGGGAUCGAAGGAGGUCAAAAAGCCGGGAUCGAAAGUCAUAUAAGCACAGGAGCAAAAGUCGGGACAGAGAACAAGAUACAAAAUCCAAGGAUAAAGAAAAGAGGGGAUCUGAUGAUAAAAAAAGCGUGAAGUCCAGUAGUCGAGAAAAACAGAGCGAAGAGACAAACACUGAUUCGAAGGAAAGUGAUACUAAGAAUGAGGUCAAUGGGACCAGUGAAGACAUUAAAUCUGAAGUGCAGCGUAAGUAUGCACAGAUGAAGAUGGAACUAAGCCGAGUAAGAAGACAUACAAAAGCAUCUUCUGAAGGAAAAGACAGUGUAGUCCUGCAAAACAUUUUGAGGUACAUUGUUUUGUCUCAGCUAUUUUGUAGCAGACUCGUGCCCCCCAUUAGUGUGCCUCUUUGGAAACUAUUCCCCACAUUUGUAAUAUGGUCACCAUUGAAAAGUUAAUUAUCCUUUUUUUUUUUUUUUAGGGAUUUUGCUGUCAUUUCUUUUUUUUAAAUGAAAAGGUUGAACUGUUUUUUUUUUUUUUUUUCUUUUUGGUAUUAAGUCCAUCUUGUGUUGGUACAUUGGCAGAGACAUAUGCUUUAAAAACUUAAAUAUUUCUGAGGCACAUGUUGGACUACUUUGUUUUAAUUAAACUGCUAGUAUUUCUUUGUCAAGGAUGUUUCUAGUUUUUUGCUUUAUUGCCUUGCAUUCUAAUGCAGUUUGUUCUGUAACUCGAGAGCCAGUAGCAUUGGAUUGAUGGAAGUGUAGGGUUUAUGAAUUAUUGCAGCUGACUACCAUACCUCACACAGCGUUGGUGUUGUGAGCGGCCCAUGAAAAGCCAAUUUAAAAAUCAAGGAUUCAGUCAAACUAAGCAGGUACUCAUGCCAGGUACUCCUUUCUCUACCCACAUCCAUGUUUGAAUGCUAUUGCCUGUGAUCUUUACGCUUAACUGUUGUGUAUCUUUUUUGUUCUUUACAAGAAGCGCAGAGGGGUUUUUUUGUGUAUUGCGUGAAAAUUUUAAAAAGUUAAAUGUUAACAGAAUGGAAUUUUUUUUCAACUGUAUGUAGGGAUGCAGUGGUGCCCAGAAUUAGAUAUCUUUAAAGAAUUUUAAAUACAAUAUACACUUCAUAUUAUUCGCCUUACAUUCAAUGCAAUUCUCAAGUCUUUCAGAGGUAUGUGUUUAAUAUUUCCUACUGUGUAGGAGAAUUUGCAGUCAGCCAUAGGUAAAUAGGAAUAGUCACUGGCUGAUAACAUUUAAAGCAGUGGUGAAUAGCAAGAACAGAUACCUUCAGUCUGAUACGCAAAAAACUGAUGAACUUUAUGGAACGAAUUUGGGUUUUUAAAGAACUAUUUAAAAGUCAAUUUUUUAUGUGUUCUUAAAACCUAUAAACUGUUCAUUCUUUGGGCUAGUGGCAUGGGAAGAAAUUUUCCUGAUGAAAGGAAGUACCAACUAGUUGAUAUGAUGAUGGCAUUCCUUUUGUAGGAAAGCAAUAUAAUGUUAUAUAUCUGUGUGAGCCAUUCACAUAGGCAAGCAUACACAGGCACAUGGCCUUAAGAACCACACUGAUGCCGUCAUUACUAAAAAUAAUACAAACAUUUCCUAUACACAUGUUAACUAUAAUUAGCAGUUAGUGACUGGGCCAACACUUAGUCUUAAAAUUUUGCCUUUUACAUGUUGUCUAAUUAUCAUUUUUCCCCAAAUUUUGCAUUGUAGGACUACUGUUCGAAGAUUUUUGGAAGAAUACUGAAAGCGGCAUGCAGUGAAGAUCGGCAUUAAAAUGAGGUGAAAGAAAGCUAUAGUGGCAUAGAAAAAGUAUAAAGCUCAGUUAGUUGUUUUUUUGUUUUUUUUGUUUUUGUUUUUGUUUUUUUAAUUAAAAAUUAAUUCAGGACUGACAUGACCUACCAGAUUUCAGAACAUGUGUUAUUAGCAUAUAUGCCACUGAAAACUUAGGUCCUGUAUCAUAUUUUUUUCCGUAAGACUUUUUAAGAAAUAUUACCUAAAUAUGUGGCUUCCUCUGUGUUUACUUGCAAGUUUUCAUUCUUGGACUUUGAAAACAGGAUUAAACGUUAGUAUUUGUGUGAAUCAAACUAAGUGGGAUUCCAUUUUUACAACUGCUACACUUAGCAUUUGGAUUUAGAAGUAAAAAUAAAGUAUCUCAGACUUUCUGUUACAAAGUUGAUUGUCUCUGUCAUUGAAAAGUUCUAGUAUUAAUCUUUUUCUAAUAAAGUUAUUGACUCUUAA